AUGACAUGCGACAGCUGUGUCAAGGAUAUCUCUAAUGCUGUCGAGAAAUUGGGAGGUAUCUCCAAAAUCGAGGCUGACCUCAAGGAGCAAUUGGUUUCGAUAGAGGGGACAGCACCGCCAUCGGCCAUCGUAGAGGCUAUCCAGAGCACGGGGCGAGAUGCCAUUCUGAGAGGCUCAGGGGGUUCAAACAGCGCAGCCGUCAGUAUACUUGAGACGUUCUACCGUCCCAACGAGAGUGCCAGCGCUGUCGUGUCGUCCAUUCAGGACGACGACUCCAACAGGGAAGUCCGGGGGUUGGCCAGGAUGGUCCAGGUUUCGCCCACCGUGACUCUUGUGGACCUCACUCUCAAGGGGGUUGCUGCCGGCACCUACCGUGCUACAAUCCGGGACUAUGGCGACCUCAAGGAUGGAGUCACCUCGACUGGGAGUGUCUGGACAGGGGCAGCGACUGGUGCUGCCAAGGACGAGAGAGACGGGACGCCUCGUGGAUUCCUCGGCACAGUCGAGAUCAAGGAAGACGGGAGCGGAAGCAUCUUCCUCGACAAGCCUUUUCAGGUUUGGGAAGUGAUUGGUCAUGCCUUUGUGGUCUCCCGCCAAGAGGAGAGCCAAGGCCAGCCCUUGCAAAACGACGAGGAUACCGUUGUCGGAGUGAUUGCCCGCAGCGCAGGCGUUUGGGAUAAUGACAAGACGGUUUGCUCCUGCACGGGGAAGACACUGUGGGAGGAAAGGAAGGACGAGGUCAAGAAGGGAAUGCUAUGA